AUGGCAAACCCGGCCGAGGCUCCGGUUCAGGCUCAGCCCAAUGGCAUCAACGGCACGAACGGUACAGCGAUGGCUCCACCACCUGUCUCCAAUGGUGUGGCGCAGAACGGCGAAACGACCACCACAGACCCCGGCUUGAGUGCGGAUGAUAUGGCGCUCUACGAUCGUCAGAUCCGUCUAUGGGGUGUUAAAGCACAAGAGAGCAUACGCUCAGCGCACGUCUUGCUCGUGUCACUGCGGGCUCUCGGCACCGAAAUCGCAAAGAACCUCACGCUGGCUGGUAUCAGUUCGCUCACCAUCACCGACAAUGAUCCAGUUACGAAAGAGGAUCUCGGUGCACAGUUCUUCCUCAGAGAAGAAGACGUGGGCAAGCCGGUGAGAGAUAUAGUUAUCAUUUGGAGAUUACUUCUCGCUGACAUGCAACAGCGCGCCGAAGCAGCAAUACCUCGAAUUCAGGAGCUCAAUCCACGUGUGACCGUAAAGGACGGCGGAAGUCUCCAAGAUCUAAUCGUAAAGGACUCGAGCUAUUUCGCGCCAUUCAAUUGCGUGAUCGCAUGUGAUCUUGACCUCGUGACGCUCUCAAUGAUCAACACCGCAGCUCGAGUGGCUAGCAGGCCAUUCUAUGCUGCCGGUAUUCAUGGAUUCUAUGGCUACAUCUUCGCUGAUUUGGUUGGCCACGAAUUCGUCGUCGAGCGCGAGAGGUCCAACGUGCCAACCAAGCUCCAAGCUGAAUCUCUGACACGCUGCGUUGUCAGUGUCACGAACAAGAAAGAGAACAGUGGCAAGAACAUCGAGAUGGUCAAGAAGCAGGAACUUUACUGCCCGUUGCUUCUCGCAAAUUCUUCACCAUUGCCCCAGGACAUUCUCACAAACCGGCGGAAGCUCAAGGCUGUUCCAGCAUUGUUGCCUUGCUUGCGGGCCUUGUGGGAGUUCCAGCGCACCAAUCAGCUUCGUCUUCCAGGGCUUCAGCAACAAGAUCUCAUGGUCUUCUCACAGUUGGUAAACAGCAAAGUCGCUGAGCUGCAGCUGCUCCCCGGGACGGUCACUGGCGAUUUCCUUAAAAGCUUCGUCCAGAACAUCGGUUCUGAGAUUACGCCGACUGCAGCUUUCGUCGGUGGACGUCUGAGUGAAGAUGUCAUCAAUGUCCUCGGCAAGCGCGAGCAGCCAAUCCAAAACUUUGCCCUCUUUGACGGCGAUGCGAUGGAUGGUAGGAUCUACUGCCUCUUCACCUUGGCUCCGGAGCUGACCAUGGACUACACGAGCGUGAGUAGCGUGCCAAUGGACAUGUCAACUGACCUGUCGGGUCUGAACGGUGUGGGCAUGCCUAUUAUGAAUGCGGACAUAAGUGCCGUCCACGACGGCACCCUGCCAGUCCCAGAUCCAAACCAGGCGCAAGGUCAGGGCGAGACUCAUGGCGCCGGUCAAGAGACGGCUGGGCAGGCAAAUCCCGGAUAA